AUUAUUUCCUGCUCUAUGGUCCCGCCAUGCCCAUGUCAGUUGAUCCGAAUUGUUUUGUAUCCUACUGUUUUCUGUAAGGUUGCACCAGAUUACACGAGUACCGAGCACAAUAAUAAAUAUCUCGUUUCCGAAUUUUACUUUUUCGGCGAAUUUUUAUGCGUAGAAUAACCUCACGAAGUGCUCAAAAACUCCUGUUUGAGUAUUCGUUCCUACACGAAUUGUGCAUAAUUUCAGUCAGAGUUCCGACUCGUUGCCAGAAUGACGAGCGAGAAGAGUCAAGCCGAAUGCGACGUAAACAUUUACUUUGUCCUCCUGAGUCAUCAAGAGUCCGAAAAUGAUUGCAGCGAGGAAAUGUGGCUGGCGUUUAACAAAUGCAUAGAGCUCGGUUUACAACCAACCUGGGCUGCCAAAAAGGUCUGCGACAAGAUAAAACCUUCCAAAACUGAUGUAUUUGUUAUAGAAGAAUUUAAGGGUGAUUUAUUUGAAAACCUGAAACAGUUUAAAUGCUCCAGGAUAGUAUCGCCAAAGUGCCUACUUAUUUGUUUUAUAAACGGUGAACCAAUUCCAGAAGGAAGGAGUCCAAUAUAUACAACGGCUAUGAGAGGAAUGCAUAUUUGCGCUUCAGGCUUAAGUUCAGAAACCAAGAGUUGGAUACAACAACGGGUCGAAUAUAUGGGAGGUUUCUUUAUGAAGCAAUUAAGAAGCUCCGUCACACAUUUAGUGGCAGAUUCCAUAAUGUCUGCAAAGUACGAGUGUGCUACAGAGAUGAAAAUACCCAUUAUGAAGAAAGAGUGGAUAAAUGCUGUUUGGGAAGCAAAUUUAAAGGAAGUGACUAAAGCGAACGAUAAAAUGUUCGAUAAAUACAAAUGUCCAGUUUUUAUGAAUUUGAUAGUUACUUCGACAAAUCUUCCCAAACGUCAGAAGGAAGAGAUUAAACGUUUGAUACACGAUCACGGAGGAACAUUUAUGGGCCCUCUCGAUGGAGCAAAGGUUCGAGUGGUUGUGGCUUCCGAAAAUGGCCCGUUGAGCGAAAAGUUAAGAUACGCUAUGGAUAACGAUAUUGCGUGUUUGAAACCGAAUUGGGUGUACGAGAGCAUCAAAGUGGGAUAUGCUUUGCCUUUCAGCAAUUUUGUUAUCAAAUCUGCGAAGGCUUGCUCAACACCAGAACAACCAAACAUUCGAGAAACGCUCAGUUGCUCCGAGAUUAGUUGCAUACCAUUUGAUAAACAACACAACAACUACAUAAAUGAGAGCUCUGUUUCGACGAUGUCGAAUAUGUCUCCUGUGAAUGCGGCAACUAAUAAUUUUUACGGCACCGCUACGUUAAACGUUGUGAGUCGACUCACCUUCAGUGAAGCGAAAUCGGCUGGAUCAUUUCUGGAUGGAUGUAAUAUCUAUCUCGCUGGAUUCGUGACGAGCAUCAGAGAUAAAUUGAAUAGAAUAUUAAACGUGGGUGGUGCGACGCGUCUGGAUGACAUAUCGGAUGCUGUGACGCACGUGAUCGUUGACGACGAGAAUAAAGCAGCUGCAGAACUAAGAGCGAUGAAAUUAAGAGGUUUAAGUCCUUACGUACUGAGCAUUGAAUGGCUGGAAGAAAGUAUGAAACUUAAACGACCUGCACCAGAAGAGCACUUUUUGUUUGAAUCUAAAAGUGGAGCAUCCAAGAAGAAUAUCGAGACCCCUGCUUCCCCACUCAGUAAAAAGAAUUUGCAAAUGUUGCAACCAAAGAGGCCUCCUGUACCUCCUUUCAACAUGGAACAAAAGAACACGCCUACAAAUGAAGAACAUCAACCUAAUAACACUCUUGUACAGCAAUAUCUGCAGGAAGCUACCGAAUCUAACAGUACAAUGCCUAGAUCUAUGAAGUCUUCUACCUCCGAAUCUGAGAAUAAGAGAAAUCGAAGCAAUUUGAACGAUAUAAAAGAUGCGCGUGUCAAUGAAAAUUCCUCAGAAACCACGCAGUCCAAGGAUCUCGGAAAUGAGAGUAACGUGCCAGCCAGUCAAAGCUGCACGGUGAACGAAAAGCUACUAACAGGCUUGACGUUUGUCGUGAUCGGUUUCGACACUGAAACUAUUCAUCCGGCGGAAACGAUUGAGAUGUUGGGUGGACGUGUAGUCUCGAAAGCGUACAGUGGUAUCCCGGACUAUGGCGUUGUACCCCUACACGGAGCGCCUUUGAAACAUACCGUCAACGAAAUCGUGACUGAUUUAUUCAUCGAAGACUGCAUAAAUCAGGAGCAAAUUGUCAGCAUUAUGUAUUACCACAAGCCGUUAUUCAUUAGGAAAACUUGUAGUCCACUAUCGGGAUGCGUAAUAACGAUGAGCAUGUAUACCGGAGUGGAACGACUCUACCUUUCAACAUUGGCCAUGAAACUUGGCGCUAUAUGCCAGGAUAUGUUCGCGCGGAAACCUAAUACGGAGAGAAAUACGUACGGCAGUACGCAUCUGGUUUGUCCGACCCCAGAAGGAAAUAAGUAUAACGCGGCCGUGAGAUGGAAACUUCCAGCCGUCACUGCUGAUUGGUUGAAAACUUGCGCGGAUCAGUUAGCGCUCAUAGACGAAACACCAUUUCUCGUCGGGGAGACGAUAGCAUCAAGUAGAUCGAAUUCCAAGAAAACAAAUGUUCCUGAAAAAUCUGUCGCGGUAGAAGAGGCCACGUCUUCCCUUAAUAACAGGAAUAUUCUUACACCGAAACGCUAUUUAUCUCAAUACAAGGAUCAAGAAAUGCGCUCUAUCGAAACCCCGUUAGUAAAUAAAAGACUCAGCCUCGUAAUGAAUCAGACACCGCAGUCGCCGUUUCACGUAUCUACUCCGGAGACUCCGUACGGACAGGUUUUCAAGUCCAAUCCUUCGCCAGACACGCGGAAAGGAUGGAUCAAGUGGGUAGACAAUUUUCCAGAUUUGCAAGUGGCGGAACCACCAUUAAAACGUCGCGCGCCUAGCACUCCACUCUCAGAAUUAAAGAAGCAACUAUGGGAGAAACUGAAGAAACCAGAUCAAUCUGAUAAGACAAAUGAAUUGGAUCACUCGACAUUAAAGCCAAAUAAGGAUUCCUCCACGGAAAAAACUAUAGAGAAAGAGAUCGAUGAUCAAUCCAGAAAAAAUAUUCAAGCAACUGUCGAAUGUAAUCGGAAGCUCCACUUUGAUGAAGAAGGUAGUCCGCCGUCAAAUAUAUCGAGCAACGAAAUAAACAUGCAGAUAGCGCAAUUGGAUCAAGUACUUCAACGAACAUCGAGUACCCCGGAAAACAGAUAUUCACUGUCCGGAGAAAAUGCGAAGAAGUACAACGAUGCUGAAGCUCCUGAUCACAUACAAAAGUAUGUAAUAAAGGAUUCGCAACCCAUAGACGCAAUUGUAUGGGAGGACCCGAAUCAUCCGAAGCGAUUAACAAACAUUUCGAACAGACGAACAAAUAUAACAGAGAAGGAUAACGAUAGCAGUAAUAUAGAUAUCGAAGAACAUAUCGAGGAUAACAUUGAGAAAUAUGAACAUGGACCAUCGAUACGGAACCAACCAAGAAAGUUCAUGCUUUCGGGUAUAAAGGAUAAAACCACGUAUGAACGGGUGAUCAUGGGGCUAUACGGAGAAGUAUCGACAGAUACGAAUUUUGACAACAGUGCUACGCAUCUUCUAUGUGUCAGACUAGCCAGAAACGAAAAGAUGCUCGGCAGCAUAGCAUCCGGAAAAUGGGUCUUACACUGCUCGUACCUACGUGACUCCGAACGAGAAGGCAGAUUUCUCAACGAAGAGGAGUACGAAUGGGGCAAUCCGAAGAGCAAGGGUAAGAUUCCGGAACCGAAUGGUGAAAUCGAGCAAGCGAUCGCGACCGCGGCUUAUAGGUGGAGGAAUAAAUUGCUCUGUGAGUCAAACGGUCCUUUUUCUGGCAUGGUUGCUCUGCUAAUGGUCUCUGAAGAAAAAUAUGAUCAGUUUAAGAGACUGAUUGAAGCUGGCAAUGGUUCGGUUAUACAAGCAAGGCCUCCUUACGAUACCAGUCCGUCCGGACGUAAGAUCACUCACUGCUUUGUCAACGUCAAACAGGUGAACCAGCCUAUAGACUGGGCCAUGUUGGCCAGUAAGGGUAUUCUCUGCUUUUUGCCGCAAUACCUUAGUGAUUAUUUGACAGCGGUGAAACCGCUCAAUCUGCGAGAUUCCGUGUUACCAGAAUUCAAAAAAUACCUGUCGCUACUACCCAAGUAACCAAGUUGCAAUUAUAAAUACGCGUGAAUUUAAUAAAUAAAUAUGAGCUGUGACACGUAAACUGUGGUAAAUUAUGUAAAAUAUAAUAAUGUACAUAUUAAAUUUAGGAAGCCAUAUAAAACGAUUGAAACCGUAAUUUACUCUUGUUUGUCAUUUUUUUAUUUAUUGUUACAACUUAUUUAUAACAUGUAUAGUAUGUACAACAUGCAAUGUAUUAUUGUAUAAUAUGUACAUUAUGUAAUGUGACUUGUGAUAAAGAAGUCACGAGUGUUAAAUAAAUAUACGUACAUAAUAUAGC